UAGGGGACUUUGGUGUAGACCCAGACGAGGGUACAGAAGAGGAGAAUAACGGAGAGAAUAAGGACUAUUGUUUUGCAGGAAAUGUUCUUGGCAUUUUGAUCAACCAAACUGGACAUGCGAUACAAAUGUAUUUGCUGGGGUAAAAUGACCUGUGUUCCAUUUAUUGAGAUACAACAUCAUAUUUUACAUAAUCAAUUGUAAACUAUACCACAAAUUAGAAUGUCCUUCAUAGUGACGUUCAAAAUGCUUAAUUGAACUAUUCUAGAUAUACAAUCUGAAAAGUAUUAUUCUGUCGAUGUGCCAAUAUUAUUAUAGAGUAGCUAUUCCUCGAAAGAAAUAAAACAAUUGGGGAUUAGUUAGCCUCUUUUUGCGCCAUAAUCUAAAGUAAAAUCGACCAAGGCCUCUGAAAAAUAUAUAACUGAGUCUCAGAGAGAGGGAGGGGUUCAGUGACCCUGCAGCCUGACACUGGACAGGGAGGGGAAAAGUGAUAUAUCCCCAGGACACCACUGCCUCUUCUUGCACUCUCUCUCUGUUCCCCUGGAGAGCACGGCAAGAGACACAUCAUGCAACAUAAUGGUAAUGGGAAGGAGAAGCAGUCGAUGAACCAAUCCGACCCUCAGCUCCAGGGGAUGACUGAUGGCAGCGGACCACACAUCCCAGGCAAUGACACCCUAAGCGGUCCCACACUCUUCUUCCAACUGCCCGCUCAUUCCCAACUGGAGUUCAAAUGCAACGCAGUCACAGAGGACUACAAAAUAACAACUCAAGUACUAGGACUGGGUAUCAACGGGAAAGUGCUGGAAUGCUACUGCAAGAAGACAGGGGAUAAAUGUGCGCUCAAGAUUCUGCAUGAUAGUCCUAAGGCGCGGCGGGAGAUGGAGCUUCAUUGGAGAGUGUCGGGGGGUCCAUACAUUGUUCGCAUCCUCAGCCUGUAUGACAACAUGCACCAGGGGAAAAAAUGCCUGGUUAUCGUCAUGGAGUGUAUGGAGGGAGGGGAGCUGUUCAGUCGCAUUCAGGCCAAAGGGGACCAGGCUUUCACAGAGAGAGAGGCUUCAGAGAUCAUGAGGGACAUAGGUACGGCCAUUGAGUACCUCCACCACAUGGACAUAGCUCACAGAGAUGUCAAGCCUGAAAAUCUGCUCUACACCACCAAGGAGAGCAAUGGUGUUCUGAAACUGACUGACUUUGGCUUUGCCAAGGAGACCACCCUCCACAACUCCCUCCAGACACCCUGUUACACCCCUUACUAUGUUGCCCCCGAGGUGCUCGGUCCAGAGAAGUAUGACAAGUCAUGUGACAUGUGGUCUCUGGGCGUGAUCAUGUACAUCCUGCUGUGUGGAUUCCCUCCGUUCUACUCUAACACGGGCCAGGCCAUCUCUCCAGGGAUGAAGCAGAGGAUCAGGAUGGGCCAGUACAACUUCCCUAACCCUGAGUGGGCCGAAGUGUCGGAGGAAGCCAAACAGCUGAUCAACCAGCUGCUGAAGACAGACCCAAACGAGAGGAUGACCAUCGGGCAGUUCAUGAACCACCCCUGGAUCAAUCAGUCGAUGGUGGUUCCUCCUACUCCUCUGCACACAUCCCGUGUUCUGACAGAGGACAGAGAACUGUGGGACGAUGUCAAGGCACUGUAUCUGUACUGUCUGGAUCCAGGAGGAGAUGACCAGUGCUCUGUCCACCAUGCGUGUGGACUAUGACCAGGUGAAGAUCAAAGAUCUAGACAUGUCCAAUAACCCACUGCUCAACAAGCGACGCAAGAGACCUGCUGCUGGGGGUUUGAGGGAGAGGAGUGAGGAGGGGGAGGUGGUGUGUGAUUAGGAGGAGGAUGCGCAACGGUUUGCAACAGCCAAUGAAAGGCUGAGGGGAAAGGAGAGCGAGGAGGGGAGGGGAUGUUUUAUUAAAACCUCUAGGCUACUGAUCUUGUGUUUAUAUUACUUAUUUUAUUAAUUCCUCACAGCUUUUUUAAAAGUCAGAAUACAAACACCCCAAUAUUGUUAGGAGUUGAUAAAGACCUUCUUUUGAAUUAACGUAAUUACGUCUCCCUCAAAUGCUCGACUGCUUUUUAUAUGACCGGUGUGUCUAAUCCUGAAUGCUGAUUGGUUGAAAGCGCAUUCCAGCAGGGGUUUAUUCCACAAAUUACCACCAGCUAAAUCUAUGACGUUAAAAUGCCUAUUUACUCUGUUCCAUUUGACGGAGCAUUCCACUGUCUCAUCAUCCCAGGCGAGAGAGAGAGGCAGGCAGCGUUUCUCAGCCAGUCGAAAUAAUGAAUCAGCUGGCAUCAUUUUUAUGGAUAUAUACAAAGAAAUGUCAAUUGAAAAAAGGUCAAACGAAAAGAAGUGCAGCUAGUUUGCAGACUUUCCAACUUCAGUUUGAAGUUGUGUGAGGUGUGUUGUUGGCUAGCUUCUCUGAACAACAGUGUCCUGACGAGAGAGCACCUUUUCUAUGCCAGGCAAAAUCAUACCUCAUUAGCUCAUUGUUAUGGAUGUGUCCAAAUAAAUGUCAUUUAAAAACAGCUUAAAUAAAUGCAUCUACUGUUAUUAUUCUGUCUGCAUUGUUUGACAUGACUGUAAAUUAGCCUUAGUUCGCUAGCUAGCAAGCAAGGGAUAAAAACGUUUUUCCAGCCAAAGAUAGGAGUCACAAAAAGCAGAAAUAUGGAUAAAGUUAAUCACUAACCUUUGAUGAUCUUCAUCAGAUGACACUCAUAGGACAUCAUGUUACACAAUAUAUGUAUGUUUUGUUCGAUAAUGUGCAUAUUUAUAUCCAACAAUCUCAGUUUACAUUGGCGCGUUACGGAAAAACUCCCUAGAAAGGCCAAAACCUAAGAAGAAACCUAGAGAGGAACCAGGCUAUGAGGGGUGGCCAGUCCUCUUCUGGCUGUGCCGGGUGGAGAUUAUAACAGAACAUGGCAAGAUGUUCAAAUGUUCAGAAAUGUUCAGAAAUGUCCAGCAUGGUCAAAUAAUAAUAAUCACAGUAGUUGUCGAGGGUGCAGCAAGUCAGCACCUCAGGAGUAAAUGUCAGUUGGCGUUUCAUAACCGAUCAUUAAGAGUAUCUCUACCACUCCUGCUGUCACUAGAGAGUUGAAAACAGCAGGUCUGGGACAGGUAGUACGUCCGGUGAACAAGUCAGGAUUCCAUAGCCGCAGACAGAACAGUUGAAACUGGAGCAGUAGCACGGCCAGGUGGACUGGGGACAGCAAGGAGUCAUCAUGCCAGGUAGUCCUGAGGCAUAGUCCUGGGGCUCAGGUCCUCCGAGAGAAAGAGAGAAUUAGAGAGAGCAUACUUAAAUUCACAAAUGACUGAUAUGUUCCAUAAAGUCCAUCCUUUAUGUCCAAAUAGCCACUUGUUGUUAGCGUGUUCAGCCCAGCAAUCCAUCUUCAUGAGGCGCGAGCACUACGUCCAGACAAAAACUCGAAAGUUCCGAUACAGGUCAUAGAUGUAUGUAAUCAAUCUUUAGGAUGUUUUUAACAUAAAACUUCAAUACUGUUCCAACCAGAGAAUUCUAUUGUCUGUAGAAAAGCACUGGAACGAGAGCUAACUCUGUCGGGACCGCGCGUCACGAGCCUGAGACACUCUGCCAGACCACUGACUCAUUCAGCUCCCAUUCCCCCUCCUUUAAAGCAGAAGCCUGAAACAAGUUUCUAAAGGCGGUUGACAUCUAGUGGAAGCCUUAGGAAGUGCAACGUGACCCCAUAGACACUGUAUAUUCGGUAGGCCAAGCUUUGAAAAACUACAAACCUCAGAUUUUCCACUUCCUGGUUGGAUUUUCCUCAGGUUUUCGCCUGCCCUAUGAGUUCUGUUAUACUCACAGACAUCAUUCAAACAGUUUUAGAAACUUCAGAGUGUUUUAUAUCCAAUACUACUAAUAAUAUGCAUAUAUUAGCAUCUGGGACUGAGUAGGAGGCAGUUCAUUCUGGGCACACUAUUCAUCCAAAAGUGAAAAUGCUGACCCCUAUCCCAAACAGGUUUUAAACCUAAAAUAAGUAAAGUCAUUUUGUGUGGAUAACCCCCCCAAAAUGAUUACAUCAGAUGCAGAAUAAAAAUAAAAGUGUGCUACACAUAAUUUGCUCCUACCAACAUGCACAGAUCACAUCGAGAGGAUGAGUACUACUAGGUUAUUACAGAUUCUUACAUGGUGAUCAGCUUAAACUUCAAUAAUUACAACUAUAUGCUCAGUGGCGACCCAUCAUUCAGGGCAGGUGGGGCAGAACUUGUU